AUGCAAAUGUCGAGUCCCGAGGAUCAUGAAAAACAGAGUCAGGAAUUCAACAAUUCCCGACCAAGACGCUCUCAUCGGAAGUCGAGAAACGGGUGUUCCGAAUGCAAACGACGAAAAGUUAAGUGUGAUGAGGCAAAACCGACGUGCGGGCGUUGUCAUUUAGCUCUGCAAAAAUGCAACUACCUACCAGCACCAUCUACAGAUGACCGGAAGAACAAACUUGUCCUCCCGAGCCCUCCACGCAGCUCCUCUUCUUCAUCAACGCACCGUCUCUCAGCUUCGGAAUUUCUCCCACCAUUGUUUGAGGUACCUUCUUGCUCAACUCCACCAUUGGUGAUAUCAGAGCUCUGCGCCCGUUUUCAAACGUUAUCUUGGCCUCUGUCGGAUACUGAUCUGUAUCAUCACUAUCUACUAUAUACGAGUCGUACAUUGACUCACUGCCAAAGAGAUCAAGGUGUAUUUCAAAUCGGCAUGCCGACAUUGGCGUUGCAGCACAAAACUGUCUUCCACUCCAUUCUAGCACUCUCUGCAACAUCCAUAUGUUGCAAUAUGAUUUCCAGAGAGCCUCCUCCUGAUCCGAGUGCAGUCAGCCACAUUUUGGUCACUGCCAAUGAACACUACAAUAUGGCGAGCGAGCAGAUGAGAGAAUUGAUGUCACAACCACAGAUUUCGAAACCUGAACCGCUGCUGGCAAGUACCAUACUGUUGGUACCGUUCGCUGCUGCAAGUCAACAAAUUCACCACUGGAUCUGGAGCAAGAGUGGGAUAAAAAAAUCAAACAAGCUCCUGGCCAGUACGCCAAGAGAUAUCAUAGUCAUCAUGCGAGGAGUACGGACAAUGCUUCAAACACUAAGUUACGGAAAUGAGAGUCCGAGUAUCAAAAUGACUCAAGAGACAGAUUUGGAAACCGACAGCUUAUGGUUGACAGAAAUUGGUACUCCACUACACGCGUCACCUCUGCGAUCACGGACCCAUGUCAUGUUCCCAAUCAUCGCUGCAAGUAUUGGAGAAGCCUUCUCCAAGCUCCAAGAGCGUCUCGCACUAUCUACCACUAUGGUCCAUGGAGAUUUGUGUGACCUAACUGCUUGCUACAGCGCAUGUGAAGUUCUAAAGACCAUUGGAAAUACCACUUUUUCUCCCUUCAAAGCAUCAAGAUCUGCAUCACUAAGCAAUAUCAUCGAAGAUUCUGCCCAGCUCAAACUCAAAGAGGCUUCCUUACCACAAGUCGCGCCAUGGCUCCGAUCCUACGCGAUCAGACACGGAAUCCCGGAACCGAAUGAGCCAUUGACCAGGUACUUCCUUACUUUUCUCGUCCAGGUACCACAAACUUAUCUUGAUCUCGUGCUUCCACUUCUUGACCAGAGACUGGAAAGCCCAUCUGAGGAUUGCCCGCCAUUGACGAUGGAACAAGCACUUGCGCUGGAUAUAUACGCGCAUUGGUCUAUCCUCAUGUUCCUAGUCGAGGACGAGUCGUGGUGGAUCGGGAACCUACCAGUGGUGACGAUGACGGGGAUGCUGAAUAGAUUCGGUGACGAUUUUGUGGCGCGAGCGUGGCCUGAAUACGGGAGAGAGCAGUGGUGGCCGGGGAGGAUGUUCAAUGUACUGCGAGAGAUCAAGCGGCGUCGAUAA